CCGAACGCGCUUUGCUCCUCCGAUAACUUCUACUCUCAUUUUCCAACUGAAAAGCUUUUUCACUCACUCCGUUGAUUUUCGUUUUCCCUUAUACAAUGGAACAGGACCAAUCAUUUUCCGAGGAAAACAACCAUGGAUGGCAAAAGGUCACUUAUGCCAAAAAACAGCGCAAAAAUCAACCUGGAAAACCCAAUCCUGAUAAUUCCAGGGCUGUACCCAAUGGAUCCGCGGAGAAGAACGGCGUUUUCAAGAAUCUGGAGAAGCACGCGGAGGAGCGACGUCGGAAAUUGGAGUCGCAACGCGCUGCCGCGAUUUAUGACGACGAGGACGAUGUUGCGGUCAGAUCGAAGAAGAAGUGGGGAGAUGAUGAGAAUGACGAUGUUACAAGUGAUGUUGAUGGUAAUGUGAAAGAGACUAAUGCUGCAGAGGUGAAAAAGAAAGAAAAGCCAAAGAAGGAGAAGAAGCCUAAGGUCACCGUGCCGGAGGCAGCUGCGAAGCUCGAUGCCUCUGAUCUUGCGGCUUUUCUAUCCCACGUGUCGGGAUCGUAUGAAGGGCAGCAGGACAUACAAUUGAUGAGGUUUGCGGAUUAUUUCGGGCGUGCAUUUUCUGCAGUCAGUGCUUCGCAGUUUCCGUGGCUAAAGUUGUUCAGGGAGUCUGCAUUGUCUAAAACUGCGGAUGUACCUGUAUCUUUUAUUUCUGAAGCUGUUUACAAGAUUUCUGUUGACUGGAUCAGCCAAAAUUCCUAUGAGGCUCUUGGGUCCUUCGUGUUAUGGUCAUUGGAUAGCAUUCUUGCCGACUUGGCACACCAGCAGACAGGAUCUAAGAGCUCAAAGAAAGGAGGGCAGCCAACAUCUUCAAAGUCUCAGGUUGCCAUAUUUUUAGUCUUAGCAAUGGUGUUACGGCGGAGACCUGAUGUUCUAAUCAAUCUAUUGCCUAGAGUGAGGGAAAACUCAAAGUAUCAAGGACAAGAUAAGCUUCCGGUUAUGUUGUGGAUGAUAGUUCAGGCCUGUCAAGGAGAUCUUGCUGUAGGAUUGUACUUGUGGGCACAUCAUAUUUUGCCUAUACUUGGAGGCAAAUCUGGGUCUAAUCCUCAGUCCAGGGAUUUGGUUUUGCAGCUAGUGGAAAGAAUUUUGUCUGCACCAAAGGCUCGUACUGUAUUAAUAAAUGGUGCUGUUAGAAAGGGAGAGCGCUUGAUGCCACCUGCUGCGCUUGACUUACUGUUACAUGUAACCUUUCCUGAAUCUUCUGUGCGGGUCAAGGCAACUGAAAGGUUUGAGGCUAUUUAUCCAACUCUUAAAGAGGUUGCUCUUGCCGGUUCUCCUGGUAGCAAGGCAAUGAAGCAAGUCACGCAGCAGAUACAGACUUUAGCUGUUAAAGCAGCUGGAGAAGGGAUCCCAGAGCUGUCUCGUGAAGCAACUGGCUUAUUUCUUUGGUGUUUGACUCAGAAUCCUGAUUGCUACAAGCAGUGGGACAAGAUUUAUAUGGAUAACAUAGAGGCCAGUGCUGCUGCCUUGAGGAAGCUUGCUGAAGAAUGGAAGGAGCUUUCUGCAAAACAGUCUUCUCUUGAAGCACUUAGGGAAAGUCUAAAGAGCUUCAGGGAAAAGAAUGAGAAAGCACUAAAUGGUGGGGUGGAUGUUGCUCGCCAAGCUUUCUUCAAGGAUGCAGAUAAAUACUGCAAGGUAAUGUUAGGAAGGCUAUCACGUGGUUACAGUUGUGUGAAAACUGUGGCCUUCACUAUGGUAUUGGCUGUGGGAGCUGCUGUGAUGUCUCCAAGCAUAAAGGAAUAGGAUUGGAACAAGUUUUCGGUUUUGUUCAAUGCCCGGCAGAUGUUCUGAGCGAAUUUCAAUCUGAGGUAUUUGAGACAUUGGUUUUUUGAUCCUUCACAUGGGAAAAUUAAUUAUAUUUACCCAAAAUAAAUUGGCAGAAUAGCUAGGUCUUUGUGUAAUAGUGAGUCACAGUGGGAUUACUCCAAGUAGAAUGCAGUUGGAAGUAAUCACUGUUUUAAAGAAGCUAGUUCAGUUCAUCAUCUGGAACUGAUUUCGUGCUUCUGGUUUUUUCUUAAUUUUUUUUGACUUAGGGGUAGAUAAUCCUUUGGAGUUAUUUAAUACUUUCUUCCUCAGUUUCGGCAAAAUGAGCACAUGGAUACAUGUAUUUUUGUGGUGGUGUAAUGAUUAUUCAGAAAUGAUAGUCGUGAGUGGUAAUACAGUCUGUAACUUAAGAUAAUCAUCAGAGGCUCUUUUAGUGAAUUUGGGUGUGAUCUUUGUUUCC